AUGACUAGUGUACCAGUUGGACAUGAAUGGACUGGAGAGUCCUGGGAUUGGCCUCUUCAGCACAAUGAUGGGAUUGUCAAGGUUCACAACACAAAGGACAAGUUCGAAGUUGGACUUGAUGUCCAAUACUUUACUCCAAAUGAAAUCGAAGUGUGUUUUUUAUUGAGGGAAAUGACUUUUACUUUCUACUAUAAAGAUAAUAUUAAUUACUUUACUUUAGGUGAAGGUGGCUGGAAACGAAAUCCUUAUUAAUUGCCGUCACGAAAGCCGGACAGAUCAGCACGGUACAGUAACCCGCGAGAUCCAUCGUGCUUACAAAUUGCCAACUGAUGUGGAUGCCUCCACCCUGAAGUCUCAUCUGACAUCUCGUGGAGUUCUCAACAUUACUGCCGAAAAGAAAAAGUAA